ACUUUCACCAUGGACUUUUACUAUCAUCCUUGCUCGGCUCCUUGCCGCUCCGUAAUAAUGACAGCCAAGGCCCUUGGACUUGAGCUGAAUAUGAAACUAUUGAAGGUCAUGGACGGGGAGCAACUGAAGCCGGAGUUCGUGGAGCUCAAUCCCCAGCACACCAUUCCAACGCUGGUGGACAACGGGUUCCCCAUCUGGGAGUCCCGUGCCAUUUUGAUUUACUUGGUGGAGAAGUACGGCCAGGAUGACUCACUGUAUCCAAGUGAUCCCGAGAAGAAGGCCGUGGUCAAUCAGCGGCUCUACUUCGACAUGGGCACCCUGUUCCAGAGUUUCAUCCAAGCCAUCUAUCCCCAGAUUAGAAACAAACAGCCAGCCGAUCCAGAGGCCAUGCAGAAAGUGGACAGCGCCUUUGGGCACCUGGACACCUUCCUGGAGGACCAGGAUUAUGUGGCUGGCGACUGCCUAACCGUGGCUGACAUAGCCCUGUUGGCCUCGGUCUCGACCUUCGAGGUAGUCGACUUCGACAUUGGCCAAUAUCCGAACGUGGCCAGGUGGUACGAGAAUGCCAAGGAAGUAACCCCCGGAUGGGAGGAGAACUUGGAGGGUGUCCAGAUGAUCAAGAAGUUCGUCGAGGACAACAGCCAGAAAGAUUGAUUUGAUUUGAAAAACGAAAACGAUACCUCAGCACAUAGUU